AUGGCUUUCUAUGAAGUUGCUAAAGGAUCAGAGGGUGAGAAAAAGAUUGAGGAAUUCACCAAUCUGACUCAGGGGGAUAUAACAGUUGCGGAGUAUGCGGCUAAAUUUGUGGAAUUGUCACAUUUCGCUCCAUUUUUUGUCCCAAAUGAGGUAAGGAAAGCCAGGAAAUUUGAGAAAGGCCUGAGGUGCAGGAUCUACAAGCUGGUGGUUGGAUUUCAGGUUUAUAAUUUUUCAGAAUUAGUUAAUAAGGCUUCGGUGCUGGAAAAGAGUAUCCAGUGUAGUACUGAGUCUGUAAAGCAGAAGAAGAGACUUGUACCAUCUGGUUUUCAGUCUGAGGCCAGUCAGGGAUCAGCAAAUAAAGGGAAGGAAGUAAUAGGCUAUGUAUGUCCGAAGUGUAAUAAGAGACAUAGGGGCGAAUGCUGGUAUGGCACUCUGAAUUGCUUCAGGUGCGGUAAGCCAGGGAACCACAGGAAAGAUUACCAAGAAUCAAUGCCUAUGGUAUCUGUUCAGAAUCAGGACAGGGGAAAGUAG